AGAUUAGAGAUUUUUCCUCCCUUGUUAUCAGCUGUGUCGUCGCCUGGAGGAACAUUUCCAGGGACACUGGAUCGAAGAUAACACUCCUUGUUACGCCGAGCACGCACAGUCACUUGUGUUCUUGAGAGGAAAUUGUAGUCUUACUUAGUUAUGGAGGAUAGCAUGAGCGUAAAGUCCAUGGAAUCAGUGGCGACUAGUGAUGAAUAUGAAUUUGUGAAUGAAAAAGGUACUAGCAAACAGCAACAGGUCCUCUUGGAACCACCCAUGUUAAAAAUCGCCAAUAACGGCAAUCUGGAGGAUUUGCAAAAUAAUCUCCGUGAGAUUUUGACGGAGGACUCGAAAAUGGAGGGAAGUGAAUUGAAAGUGACUGGUGUCAACCAACAAAGUGAAGAGAAGACAAAGAAAGUAGGCCAAAGUAAAUUUUAUGAUGUUAGUUCUUGUGUUGUCACAUCAGAGAAGCAGGAUGUCAUGAAGCCAGAAGAUUAUCUUGAGGAAGAAUUAAACACAUUAUCACAUGUUCAACAAGAGUGCACUAUUUUCAAUGGUGUUACAUAUUUGGGAGCAGCUGCCAUAAAUGCACCAAAAUCAGAAUGUGAAAUCCAACGUAACAUGAACAUAUUAAAUGCGGAACAGUCCUUAACUUUAGGAAUAAGGGUUUCCGUCUCGGUGCCGAGUAGUUCGCAGGGUUCAGUUAUUUUAUAUGAUGCCGCGACACAGCAAGCCAUCGCACGUUACGAAGUGCAACGUAUUUUAUUUUAUGCACGUGGUGAGAGUACCGGUUCAUGUGCAGCAUGUUUUGCUUUUACAUGGUCACACGGUGACACUUUAGAAUCUGCCAUUUACCAAUGUCACGUUUUCCGCUGUGAUAUACCAGAAGCGGUCGGACAAGUAUCAGCCUGCUUUUCAAAAGCAUUCCACAGAAUACCACGUUCCAUGACAAGUUCUUUAACAGGCAGUGACUUUAACAGUUUCAGUACUGGUGAAAAAAUUAAUUCUAGAGUAUUUAUCUUCGAAGUCACUAUGGAAAUAAAAGAAGAAGAUGGAAAAGGUGGUUUCAGUACAGUUCCAAAAGACAGAAAUUGUUUCAAAUUACGAAGCAAUGUGGCGAAACAAGUUUGUUUGAGUAUCCAGCAAGUGUCCAGUAAAGAAGGAGGCAUUACACUCGAAGUCGAGAGAUGUUUCGGAGUUCUUGUUAGCCCUGGGCGAAAUGUUAAACACAGUGAUAUGCGACUACUUGAGAUGGUAAAGAGAGAUUCACACCAGCAAGUUAAUUUUAUGUCUAUAAUCAGCUCAGAUGUUCGCAAUAUUACAACAAUUUUGCAGCAAGUUAAUACUGGACCAAUAGUGCAAGACAAACAGUGCUAUAAUAUUUGUGGACGUUGGGAUCCCGCGGAUCCUGCUUUGGAAACUCUUAAUAUAGAAACUGCUAGAGAGGGUAGAACUUUCAUAACUGUUGCUGUUGAUCUUGUUAUUAGAGAUAUUCGAGAACCGGUGAGAUUUGUGAUCGAAACGUCGGUUAAAGUGUUUCCACAAAACGAGAGAUUUUGGUAUUUUAAUAAAAGAAAUCUCGUGCAACAGUUUUAUCUUAAUUCCAAAGAGGUAAUUUCCGGGGAUGGUGCGGAGGUACAUUAUGAAGUACAAAGCAUAGAAACAUCUGGCGAACUAGAUAGAAACAGACUAAAUCUGGCUCUGAAUCUGGCAUCUUUAAUUAGAUCACCUUCAUUAACUAGUAUCGACACACUUACACCUAAAGAAGAAAUAGAUUCAGAUGGGGAUGAACCUAUGUUAAGUGGUACUGGCGAAGUCUCGAAAGAUUGUUCGGCAGAUGAAUUGGCCAGCUGGGCUGAAGUUUUAGAUAGUUGGCAAGUUAACGAACAACGUCCAAAACUUCUUAUAAAAUUGACAAAACAAGGAAUUCCUGAAGCUUUACGCGGUGAAGUUUGGCAACGUUUAAGUAAUUGUGACAAUUCACAAGAGAUGAUGGACAAAUAUAGAAUGUUGAUUACAAAAGAGAGCAGCUGUGAGAGUGUAAUAUUAAGGGAUAUUAAUAGAACAUUUCCAGCCCAUGAUUUCUUUAAAGAAACGGGUGGUUUAGGACAAGACUCUUUAUACAGAAUAAGUAAAGCAUAUGCUGUUCACGAUGAAGAGGUUGGAUAUUGUCAAGGCCUCAGUUUCUUAGUUGCUAGUCUAUUACUGCACAUGCCCGAAGAGCAAGCGUUUUGUGUUCUGGUCAAAUUAAUGUACGACUAUGGUCUUCGAGAUUUAUAUAAAGAUAGAUUUGACAACCUGUACAUGCGAUUUUAUCAAUUAAAUCGUUUAAUAGAAGAUCAAUUGCCGGAACUUUAUAAGCAUUUCUGUGAUCGCGGUGUAGAAACGCACAUGUUCGCCGCACAAUGGUUUCUAACUCUAUUUACUGCUAGAUUUCCAUUAUAUCUUGUCUUUCAUAUCUUGGACGUAUUUCUUUUACAAGGACUCGACACAUUAUUUCAAGUCGCUCUUGCUUUGUUGAUGCUUUGUAAAAAAGAGUUAUUACAACUAGAUUUUGAAAGCAUAUUAAAAUACUUUCGGGUGCACUUACCAAAACGUUGUCGAAACGAAGAAGUUGCUCGUCACGUUAUGAAGUUAGCUUGUUCAGUGACGUUGAAGAAAUUGAAGAAAUAUGAAGCAGAAUUUAUGACGUUGAAAGAGGCACAGGAAAAUGCUGAUGAAUACAGUAACGAGGUGGAACAAUUACGCGGUACAGUGGCCAGAAAUGAAGAAGAAAAGCAAAGAUUGGAAAUAGAAUUGCUGCAAGUUAAGGAGAUGCUACAGCGUGAGGUAGCUCGGGCAGACUCCGAAAGCCGCAGGAGCAAUAUCAUUAUAGCUGAAUACAAGCAGAUCUGCCAACGUUUGGAGGACGAUUACAACGCUGCGAAAACAACAUUAAGCGAGUUACGGGCGAAGGUUUCGAAAUGCGAGAAAUGUAGAACGUGUAUAAUGGAUUCGUCGAACAUAUUGGCGGACAUCUCGCAUCCUUUGGAGAAUCGAAUAGAUCCCAUGCUUCACAGGGUGCAGGAAAGAGUGCGCGAGUUGGAACUGGAAUUAGCGCAAACGAAGUUGGCCCAUGUCGAAGCUGAAUGUCGAAAUCAGGAUCUGACACACCAGUUGCAUGCUACCGCUUCCGAGCUGCAAGCCGCGCGAAAUAGUUGGCCAUGGCUUAGCAAAACUUUGUCCAGCAUAAAGGAAGCGGCUAAUAAAAGGGAAGUAAUGGCUCCAACCGCGCUGAGAGAUCUGAGACGUGACAGCGCGCCCGGGGGCGAUUUGCAUCACCUAAUACAUUCUCGUAAUCGCGAAACACGUGAUAGUCUCAAGGAAGCUGUGUGAUGCAACAAAAUGCCAUUAGGAGAAGGAGAAUACGUACAUCUUGGAGUUAUGUGCAGGGCACGAAUAUGUGAACAUGACGUAUGUUCGUAGUUACAUACAACGAUUUGAUCUGCUAAGUCGUUGUAUUCUUUGUCACACUCCCUAUCCAUAUUGCACAUGAAGUGCUUUUGAUCAGGCAGCCUCAUUUACAUAACAGCUGAUAUUACAUUGAAAAUCUUUGUUAUGAUUCUGUUACGUUUUAAAAAUAGAUUUACUUCUGUGAUUUUUUUUCAACACCAUGAGUGUAAACGCUUAUGUUAACAUAUUAUUUUUUACAUUUAUUCCUUUUUCUUCCUUUCAUUCGACGUAUAUUAAUAUACGUAAUGCGAACACAAUGCUGUGCUCGAGAUAAAAAUUUAUAUAAUGCUACGCGGAUUACUAGCGAUGAACGAUCUAUUGAAAAUGAAUUACAUUAUUAUACGCAAACGAUUAUUUACAAUAAUAGGAAAUAAAAAGUAAAUACAUAUGCCGCGUUUUGUAUGAAACUAGUCUAAGUAUGAAAGGAAGAAAAUGCUAUAAAGACUUCUAUCUGUACAUACAGUAACUUUCGAAUAACAAUAGUCAACUCUACUGGAUAAACAUGACAACUCUACUGGAUAAACGCCAUUAUGGAAAUUACAUUACAACAGAGAUAAUUGUUUUGUUUACUUUUCUAUUAACCAGUUUUCUGAUUAACGUAACAUUCCAAAUUAGUAUAAAUGCGUUUUCUUCCAUAUAUCUUUAUUAAGUCCGCUACUCUGUAAUGAUUUCAGUUCUACUAGAUAUAAUUGAUAAUAAUAUACAUAUGUAUAGUUUUGACAAAUAUACACCGACACAAUAUGCUGACACAAUUCUACUAACCCACAUAUAGUAUUAGGUUCGAUAUUAAAAGCUUUCACUACUUUAGUUUUAUAUAUAUACUUUUAUCACCGAUAAACACACUAAACGUAUAUUUUCAUUCCACCAUGAAACAUUAAUUAUAAAAAUGUAGCAGAAUAGAUAUAUGUGUAAGUUACACAGUAGAUACGAGAUAUUUAUAAUACUGUUUAGUUAUACAAUUUGCAUUUUGUUUUGAUAAAAUUUAUAGAUGAACAUUACACUAAAACCCAUAGAUUAUGAUAAUAAGGCACUACUUAAAAAUGCAAUUUCAUUGAUGUGUAAUUUUGUCUAUUAUUAUAAGUGUUUCAACAAUAAAUUUGCUAUUCACCUGUAAUAUAUUCUUGACUAUCAAACUUAGCUUCGUAAGUCGUGCCAUUUAUUUAUAUAUAUUUAUUUAUACAAAUUUACAAGGAAAAAUUAUAAAAACCAUUAUGUGAAAAACUAAAAAUUACACUAUAUAUAAAUACAUAUAUAUGUAUAUAUACAUACAUACAUACAUACAUACAUACAUAUAUAGUUGCAAGCAGACUCGUGCCUUUAAGUUACAUGAUAAAAUUUAUUGAAAAAAUUGAUACGUUUUUUUAUUUAAUUUCUUUAUUAAAAUUACUAAUGAGUAAUACGAACACGAUUUCAAGCAAAGUUUAUGGUCACAUUUGACUUAUGCUCUAGCGAGUAACAGCUUGCAUUGGAAAAUGGAAGACUUUCCUUCUGUAAAUACCAAAAACAACAGUCAAAAUCAUCUAACAGAUUCAUGUAAAGUCUUAGGCUAACUACGUAUGAAUCAUUGUAUACCCUGUAAUUUUAUUCCACUGAAAUAAAGAAAGAUAUCACGUU